CAGUGUCUUGUCAGUCAGACACACGAUCAGCUUUAACAUAUCGACACCCAGCAUCAUGAUGUACAUGGCCGUCAGUGUUUACUGGAUCUCUGUUCUCCUGGUGCCCAGUGUGGCUCAGCAGAUGUCAGCUCGUGUAGUUAAUGGCACAGCAGACGCAGGACGUCUAGAGAUAUUGUACGAUGGAACUUGGGGCACAGUGUGUGGCAGUGUAUUUGGACAGAGAGAGGCCUUGGUAGCCUGCAGGAUGCUGGGAUUUAACAGUACAACAGCAGUAGCCGUAGGGUCAGCCAAGUACGGAGCAGGCUCUGGUCCUAUUCUGUUCAGUGACCUGCGGUGUGUGGGGAACGAAACCAGCCUGGCGCAGUGUCAACACUCGGGGCUCUACAUAUCCUACUGUGAACACUGGCAGGAUGUCGGCGUCAUGUGCAACAUCACUCAGCAGAUGUCAGCUCGUGUAGUUGGUGGCACAGCAGACGCAGGACGUCUAGAGCUAUUGUACGAUGGAACUUGGGGCACAGUGUGUGGCAAGCGAUUUGGAAAUAAAGCAGCCUUGGUAGCCUGCAGGAUGCUAGGAUUCAACAGACACGACACUAACACCUACACCACACUCGGUGCUAUACUGCGAAGAGCACGUGACGAGAAGGAAACACUUUGCAAUGAAGUCAAAGCCACACCGAUGACAGCCCGGUUACAUGGCGGCACGUCUGAGGCAGGACGUCUAGAAAUAUCGGUCAACGGAGAAUGGACUACAGUGUGUGAGGGUGGAUUUGGAGAGAGCGAAGUCGAAGUCGCUUUAAGGAUGCUGGGACUCAACAGCACUGGACAAGCAGCUGUUAAGUCUCUUCUAUUUAACGAUGGCUCACGAUUUCGAUUUGGGUAUAUAAACUGUCAGGGAAUGGAAACAAGUCUUCAACAAUGCGAUAUAGGACAACUUAACAAAAGCGACUGCCUGGAUGUCGGUAUCAUUUAUGACUUCAAAAGCUUUAGUCUACAACUGACAGGAACUCGCCGUACAGACAGUAACAUGGGGCGUGUAGAAGUGGAGAUUAGAAGUAAACAAUUUAGCACAGUGUGUGUAAACAACGAGAAAACUGCCGCAGUCAUCUGCAGACAACUCAAUUUAACCUCAAAUGGUGCAGCACUGGUAGACGGUCGGGUGUUUGGAGCAAACACAAGCCCUUUACUUGAAGCUGCAUUUUUUUGUGAUGGUAACGAAAACAGUCUGUUUGAGUGUGGCUGGAAUGAAAGUACGAAGGAAUGCUAUGCCGAUGACGUUGGCGUGGUUUGCAGCAAAGAUUACACACUUUAUAUAGUUUCGGAGACCGAAAAGUACCCUUUUAUGGAAGGGACAAAGGGAGUUCUAAUGUGUGUAAAACCACGAAAGUACAUUCAGGUACUUGAAUAUACAUGGUCAGGCAAAGAUGAUGGUCCUUCUCGAGGAAAUCGUCUGUUCUACGAUAAUCUGACGAGAGAGUACAAUGGGCGCGAAAUAUCUUGUGAAGCCUCUAAUCCUGACGGUGCCUCUGGUCCUGGUGAACGCCUACGGAGUGGACGUUUUGUGUUAAGCGUUUACUGUGAGUAG